CUGGCCCGCCCGCCCGCCCGCCCGCAUGUCUGCGCCCCUGCUCCAACGCUUUGCUCAGCGCCCAGUCCCGAGGGUCACCCUGCUGCCGCUGCGGCUGCUGGCCUUGCUGGCUCUGUUCCUUGCGGUCUGGGCUGACUGUCCUUGCCAGGAACCUGCGCUCUGCGGCCCGAUCUUACACCGCCCCGAUUUCGAGGUCUUUGUAUUUGAUGUUGGCCAGAAAACUUGGAAAUCUUAUGACUGGUCACAGAUUACCACAGUGGCAGUGUUUGGAAAAUAUGACUCAGAACUCAUGUGCUAUGCGCAUUCAAAAGGAGCCAGAGUAGUGCUAAAAGGAGAUGUACCCUUAAAGGACAUCAUUGAUCCCAGUUUCAGAGCAUCCUGGAUAGCACAGAAACUUCACUUGGCCAAAACACAAUAUAUGGAUGGAAUUAAUAUUGACAUAGAGCAGGAAGUUAAUUGUUCAUCGCCUGAAUACAACGCAUUAACAGCUUUGGUCAAAGAAACCACAGAGUCUUUCCAUCAUGAGAUUGAGGGAUCACAGGUAACCUUUGAUGUAGCAUGGUCUCCAAAGAACAUAGACAGAAGAUGCUAUAAUUACACUGGAAUUGCAGAUGCUUGUGACUUUCUCUUUGUGAUGUCUUAUGAUGAACAAAGUCAGGUUUGGUCAGAAUGUAUUGCAGCAGCCAAUGCUCCCUAUAAUCAGACAUUAUCUGGAUAUAAUGACUACAUCAAGAUGGGCAUUAGCCCUAAAAAACUUGUAAUGGGUGUUCCUUGGUACGGUUAUGAUUAUCCCUGCCUGAACUUAUCUGAGGAUCAUGUUUGUACCAUUGCAAAAGUCCCUUUCCGGGGGGCUCCUUGUAGUGAUGCUGCAGGACGACAAGUGCCUUAUAAGACAAUCAUGAAGCAAAUAAAUAGUUCUGUUUCUGGAAGCCAGUGGAAUAAAGAUCAGCAGGCUCCUUAUUAUAAUUAUAAAGAUUCUGCUGGCCGUUUUCAUCAAGUGUGGUAUGAUAACCCCCAGAGCAUUUCUUUAAAGGCAGCAUAUAUACAAAACUAUGGCUUACGAGGCAUUGGGAUGUGGAAUGCAAACUGUCUUGACUACUCUGGAGAUGCUGAAGCCAAACAGCAAACUGAAGAAAUGUGGGAAGCCUUAAAGCCAAAGUUAUGACAGAGAUGAAGAUCUUCUAUCAAACUAUUAAGAUAUAGAAAACUGAUCUGUAUAAAUAGAUCUAGUAGGGUUGAAGAGAUAAAAAGUAUAAGUUUUUGUCAUGUUGCUGUGUAUUUUAGUAUACUCAAAAAGAUAUAAGAAAAGUGCUUUGAAUUUGAAAAUUACGUUUUUAUCAAAAAUAUUCAGAUACAUAUAGCCAAGAAACAAAUCACACAUAUUAAAUGCUUUUUAAGACAUUUGAACACUAUAAUUAGGAAAAAAUGCUUUCAAAAUUUUAUUAUGCUAAAUUUCUCUGACAUUAAAAUAUACCUUUAUAAAUCAAUGAUGACUAAAAUGUACAAGUAAUUUAAGUGGAAGUUGUUUGCUUAGAAGAGAUUGUUUUAAAACGUAGCCUUUGAGAGGCAGUUUGGUUUGUGUUUUUUCCAAUAAAUCUUAAAUUCGAAGCCUGAAAA